GAUCAGCGUCUUCUGGAAUAAUGGAAAAUGGGAGCAGGACUCGCCCAGACUGCCCCAACUCCUCCAAUCCCUUCCACGUUUGCUCUCACUACUGCUCCCAAUCAUCUCCGCAUGGAGCUUCCACCAAGCCUCCUUCGCGGAUUGAAGGUCUCAGAUCGGCUAUGGGUGUAGUGAAAGGAAAGAAGCGUGGUACUAGUGGUAGUGGUGAUGGUUUGAAGGUAUUGGGAGAAGCUAGAGAUGUGGAUCCUCGCUGUGUUAAUGCCUCCAAUCCGUUCCACAAAUGUGCUGAUUAUUGUUCUCAGAAUAUGUCUGAUUCCUUCAAAGGAUCUCCACGAUUUUUGACCAUUGAGAAAGGUAAGGAAGUUGCAAACAUGGGGCAGGGAGACCAAAGGAAGGUGGACCCAAGAUGUGUGAAUGCAUCCAAUCCUUUCCAUGAAUGUGCUGACUAUUGCUUACAUAAAACUAAUUCAAGCGAACAGAGGACCCAUCAGGUUGUAUUAAUGAAUGGAAGCAAGGACGGUGUGAAAAUGUCAAUGAGAAGUGAUGUGCACCCUAAUUGUGUCAAUGCGAACAAUCCUUUUCAUAAAUGUGCUGAUUAUUGCUCUCAGAGAAUAAACCAAGCGGUUUAGUGGAUGCUUGGAAGCACAAUUCAGAUGAGCAUGCACCUGUCUUUUGCCGGUUCGUUUUCACCACCAAGUCACCCUCCAGCAAUAUCUUGGCAUUCAAUAUCAUAAGAUAUAGGACUUGGGAACCUACUUAGAUGACUUAACCUUGAUCAACAGCUUACGCAUCUUUGUAUUUUUGAAGCAAGCAAUCCUCUCAAGAUUUGGGGAUUUAUAUAUAAUUUAUAUUCAUGUAUUGUAUCACAUUAGCUACCUGAAUGGCUUAAAUGAAUUCCUAUUGUUGUCCUGAUGGAUGAAAA